AUGGCAAAGAUUGAAAAAGAAACCCAAGCUAAAAGAAACUAAUUUGUGGAGCUUUUUACAAUUACAGCUAUUACUUUGGAAUCUAUUCUGUUAUUUACAAGGGGUCAAAGGCCAAAACAAUAUGCUUUACGGAGGGGGCAACUAAUCAAGAUUUCACAUAUUGUGAAAAAGAAACGACUGCAGAGCAUAGACUGGUUCUUCCUAUCCUUCUAUUCGUUUGAAAAGAGUUGAUUUCUACUUCAAUUGAGCAGAGCCUUCUUCCUGAAAACAGCCCUAUGGUUCUUGAUUACAGCACAUAUCGUGCCACUCUUUUCAUGGCCAGUCUCCUCAUCCUUUCUUCAAAGCAUCUGAUUAGUAGUCAACCUCCUCAAACUUUUAUUACCAAUUCCUCCAUUUCCUGGAUCAAUAGCCCCUCCUAUGUAGUGAAUUCCACAGACGGAGCCCAAGUGACACCCAUCCUUCUCAGAGAAGGCAAUGAGACUCGGUUUGUCUGUGGUUUCUUAUGUGAUUACAAUGGCACUGCUUGCGUUUUUGGUAUCCUUUUAUACCCAAAUUUCCAUGAUUCUUAUUUCGAUUAUCCGAGAUUAGUAUGGUCAGCAAAUCGGAACAAUCCAGUUAGAGUAGAUGCAACCUUACAACUCAGGAAAGACGGAGGCGUGUUCUUAAGGGACUCAAAUGGCACUUUGAUCUGGAAUACAAGCACAAGUGGUAAGAUUGUUUCAGGCUUCAACUUGACAGAGAUGGGAAAUCUUGUCCUCUUUGACAAAAGUAACGACACCAUUUGGCAGUCUUUUGAUCAUCCAACAGACACUUUGGUUCCAGGACAAAUAAUGGCCCCUGGACAGAAACUGAUAUCCAGCAUAUCAGCAUCAGACUGGAAUGAAGGUAUGUUCACACUUGAUGUUAAAAGUUCUGGCCUUUUUGCUUACAUUGAGUCAAAUCCACGCCAACUUUAUAGCUCAACACUUGGUUUGGAUAAACCUUUCCAGUUUCCUGGACUAGGCUUCACUUUGAAUAUAAGUGAUUCCGAAGGGAUUUAUACAGUGUCUUUCCAAUUUUCAAACGUUCGAUUCAUGAGAUUUGGGACUGAUGGGCAUUUAAGGGUGUAUUACUGGGGGGAAUCAUCUUGGUCAGAGGAGGCUGAUGUAUUGACAGCCUCCAUUGGUGAUUGCGGGUAUCCAACGGUCUGUGGGAAUUACUCUGUUUGUGGAAAUGGGCAGUGUAGUUGUCCUCAAACUGCAGUUGGUCAGACAAACUUUCUCCAGCAGUUAAAUUACAAGCACCCAAACCAGGGGUGUUUCCUUGUCACACCUAUUUCUUGUGAAUAUCUCCAGUAUCAUGUGCUUAUGGAGCUUAAGGACACGGCUUAUAUUCCCCGCUAUUUGCAAUAUGGUAUGACAACAGAGUUGGAAAAUUGCAAAAAGUCAUGCUUAAGCAACUGUUCUUGCAAAGCAGCUCAAUUUCGAUUUAUUGGUCCUGGUAACACAAUGGGUGACUGUGUAUUGUUGAAUGAAGUGUUUUCUCUCACAGAAAACGAUGGAGCACUCAAUAAGACCACUCUUUUUAUCAAGGUGCAGAACUCCUCUCCCCUACAAGCCCUUCCAUCACUUGUCUAUUCAGAGAAGAAAUCGAAGCGUAUCGCAACAAUAGUAGGAUCCACCAUUGGAGCUUCAUUUGGUUUGCUCUUUCUAGUUUUAACUUUCUUUGCCUUUCUUUUCAGAAGGAGAAAAGGACUUGAGGAAGACGAGGAGGAGUUUCUUGACCAAGUACCAGGAAUGCCUUCUAGAUUUUCCCAUGAGGAACUAACUGUUAUGACAGAAAAUUUCAGUAAGAAACUUGGGGAAGGAGGAUUUGGUUCUGUAUUUGAAGGAAUAAUGAGUGAUGGUACCACAAUAGCAGUGAAGCAUCUACAAGGUUUCGGUAAUGUGAAGAAAUCAUUCUUAGCUGAGGUAGCAUCAAUAGGUAGCAUUCAGCAUGUCAAUCUGGUAAGACUUGUUGGAUUUUGUGCUGAGAAAUCACACAGACUUCUGGUUUAUGAAUACAUGGCCAAUGUUUCUUUAGAUAGGUGGAUUUUUCAUAGAAAGCAGGAACAAUCUCUCACAUGGGAUGUCAGGAAAAAAAUCAUGUCAGAUGUCGCCAAGGGCCUAGCUUACCUACAUGAAGAUUGUAAUAACAAAAUUAUUCAUUUGGAUAUUAAACCUCAGAACAUUCUUCUUGAUCACAAUUUCAAUGCAAAAGUAUCAGAUUUUGGGUUAUCAAAGCUUGUGGGUAAAGAUGAAAGUAAGAUAAUUACAACAAUGAGAGGAACCCCAGGCUAUUUAGCACCUGAAUGGUUGCAUGAGGCCAUUACUGAGAAAGUGGAUGUUUAUAGCUUUGGGGUUGUGAUCUUGGAAAUCAUCUGUGGGCGAAAGAAUUUGGAUCGUCAUCAAGAUGAGGAUGAUAUGCAUUUGCUUAGUUUGUUCAAGAGAAAAGCAGAGGAGAAACAACUCUGGGAAAUAGUGGACAAGAACAGUAUAGACAUGCAGCUCCAUAGAGAAGAGGCUGUGGAAAUGAUGAAGAUUGCAGCAUGGUGUUUACAAAGUGAUUAUACUAAGAGGCCUUCCAUGUCAUUGGUAGUUAAGGUGUUGCAGGGUUUAGUGGCUGCUGAAACCGACUUGGACUACAGCUUCCAGUAUCCACCAAUUACAAGAAGAAUUGCCAAAGCUAAACAAGAAAGUGAAGCUGUGGUUGGUAUCAGUUUACCAUUUCCAUCAGAGUUGUCAGGACCUAGAUAAACAGCUUGUUAAGUUCCAACAGUGUCACAGCAUUAUUUCUCCUCCAUCACUUGCUUUCAUUCUGUUAUAAAUUGUAUAUGUAAUAUUAAAGUACUAUAAUUUCAAUUUCUUUGACUGGAUUUUUGAUUGUUGUAGUCCAAGACCCCACUUGUGGGAUUUCAUGGGUAUGUUGUUGUUGUUUUGAUUGUUUGUAGCAGUAUUUAUCAUCAAGAUUGAAUAGAUAAUGAAUCACACCAUAC